AAAAUGAGCCGCAACAGCCUGCGAAAACGGCACGCUCGCCCAUUGGAAGAAAAGAAAGAUGACGACUCUUCGGAAGCGACACGGGAGUCGGCAUGGCGCCUGAAAAACACGCCUGAGCCAGAAAUGGCGUGACGUCGGGCAAGCAUGGAAUCCAAGGACGCCACCCAGGCCGCCUGCUGGGUACUUCUACCCAACCUGGGCGGCCUGGCCGGCCUGUACAUCAUCAAGACCAGGCACGACGACGUUGUCAAGCGGUGUAUGUUGGUGCGCAACUACCCGGGAAGUAGCGGCCAGCUUGUGCUGUGGGUGACGUUCAACAGCGCCAUGGGCUACGCCGGCUACCUGGUUUUCAGGGACGGCGGCGGCCUGCAUGGUCCAGCCAGGCCUGCGCUGGCCGUGUUCGCCGCCGGACUCUGCUACAACUGGGCGUGGCCGGCCAUCUUCUAUUCGAAGCAGAAGUUCGCGCUGGCCAUGGUGGACAUGAACCUGCUCUGCGGCACAGUGGCGCUGCUGGCCCACAUGUACCUGCCCAUCAACGACCGGGCUGCCAAGAUCAUGCUGCCCUGCAUCGCCUGGACGCUCGCCAUGGCGACUUUCAACUGCCGCGUGUGGCGCUGGAGCAGGCGCCGAGCCAGCGACUGAGUGCGUUCGACAGGAACAAUCGCGAGGCGCCGCCCCCUGUGCGAUGCACGUGACGUCACUCGGGUUUGCGCGCGAGAUUGCCCGCUUACCGUCUCUGCGGUGAUCGGUUGCGGGGAGAUAGGGGCGUGCUCCGGUGUGCCUCGGUUGAAAGCAGACGAAGUUCCCGUGCUUGAGAAUGGCGGACUGUUGAGGUAGCGUGGGCUUUGCACUGCCUGCCUCGCGGUAGGGACUCGUGGGAUUUUUACGCGGUGCGAAAUAAAGAAAGUGGGUUUUCACUUCGAAACGAAA